AUGCAAUUGCGUUGUAAAUUCUUCAUUAACAAUCUGGUGUGUAUAGAGCUCCGUCUCCAACUAGAAUAUCAAGCCCCACUCCACUUUCUUGGCAGCAAGGAUGAUCAUCAGCUACGCGUCGACCUUUGGGAGCAACUUCAUCUCGUCACGGACCUCAUCAGCAUAACAACGUGUGCAGCCAGCCUUUCGCGCAUAUCUACACCCUUUCGUGAGCGCCUUUUCAACUCCGAGUCGUCCCUCAUGCGCCGCGCCGAGAGCAUAACGCCAACCAAGAGGAGGGGAUGGAGAACGAAGGGAAAGGAUGCUUGCAUACGUUGUUUUUCAUCCAUCUCUGCUUCAUCAUCGUCGCGCGCUGCUUCGAGCCGGCACCUUGAUACUGUAUGCCUCAUGCGGAAAUCAUGGCCAUCUCGGAGAGAAGAGCAGCAUUUCGCGCAGGAGAUGCUCAGCUUAAUCAUCUGCUCCGUCAAUCGUCCAUUGCCAAGUUAUGCUAUUGCAUGUACUGUAGCACUUGCCAUACGACGUGCCGAAGGAUUCGUCCUUAGCGCCGCUACAUCUCAGCUGGCACAGCAAUAUGGCACUAUUAAUAAAGUCUAUUAUAAUGCCACACGCCUGGCCGCCACACCCCUUUCUUCGCUGUUCAUCUCUGCUUUCCCUCUGGUGCAUCACAACCAUGGCCCAGUCUACGAUGCGCGCACUGGCAUGCUUUCGGGACGCGAGGACGCUCAUGCUGUGCGCAGUUGCCAUCAUCUGUUCUACUCCAGCUUGCAGGCUCGAGACAUCUCUCAGACAACAUUCGAUCAAGCAAGAAAUAUCAAUAUCGGCACUGCCUUCGCCUUUCUCGUCAAGAUCUGCCUGUCCAUCGCUAUCGGUGCAGCGUAUGCCCAGGUCCUUUGGCGCACCUUCUUGCACAGGAGCCUCAGCGUUGCACAAAUCGACUCGCUAUCAUCUUUGAUCACCUCACCUGGGCUUGAUGGCAUCGGACACGCUGUCCGCUUUCCCGCCCUGAUGGCUGUUGCUACUAUCGGCUGGUUUAUUAGCGUGGCCACCAUCUUUCCACCCGGUACUCUCUCCGUACACGGCGAAGUUGAUAGCAAUAGGACUACUCUGACAGUACCUACCCUGGAUUUUUCGCAGCCUAUCAUUCAGCGCGUUGAGGGACGUAGUAUCAGUGCUUCUGGCAUCAAUGUGCAACCUGGCGAUCCUUCAUACUAUACAUUUCCCGCGCCACCGCGUGCUAUUGCUUCAGUCCUGUCAACCAUGACUGCUUUCACUGGUAUACCUAGAGUCUCAGGAGCACAGUCCAACACCUCGUACAGCGUCAGCUUCUAUGGGCCUGCCUUGCAAUGUUCGACAUCGCAAGUCAACACGAGCCCAGUCUUCUGUGAUGGAGACGAUGGUGGCGGUCUAUCUAAGAGCAGCGUGUAUUACACUUCGUUUCUGAAGUAUCCACAGGACUCAGGAUCAUCGUUUCGCAGGUUCUGGGAUCUGAAUGCCUCGGUUCCUUCUGGUGGCAACGAUACGAUAUCAUGCAACGAAAUCACCAGCUAUCGGACCUCCGUGUUUGGAAACACGCCACCUGAGUUGUACGUCGUUUUGCUUGGGACGGAUACAGUCAACAUCACUGGCUGGAACGUGACCACAUGUCAGCUGUUGAAUGCGACCUACUCUGUCAACACGAGCUUCCCAGAUGGUCAGCAAGUUAUUUCUACAAAAGUCGAUGAACUUACGCCACUAAAAUCUACCAUUGACUACUUCGAGGGUUAUCAUGGCAAUAUCUCGGACAUCACCAACAUUACUGCAGGCACGAAUGGCAUCUACAAUUACCUGGCAAUGAUGGCAUUGAUGGGCCAGAUCGCGGUGGGCACUGUGAACUCGGCGUCUGGUUCGCAACAGAUGUCGUACGAAGAGGGCGCUUCGCUUGAUGUGACCUCUGCUGAAGUGCCUUCGAUCUUCAGUACCCGUCUCACCACCUCACCGGAGAUGAAGGCGCUACAUGAGGCCGUGUUUACGCUUUCGGAUAUCGCAGAUAUCGAAGACUCUGCGUUCGAAGGCUCUACGGCAGCACCGCUGGCACAGCAACUCGAGGAAUUAUUCCAAAAUCUAACCGUAGCUAUGUCAACCAAUCCAUCGACCUCAUCGAAUCAGUCAGUGACAGGUCUCGUUGACUUUCCCAUUAACAGAUACGCAUAUCAAGCAGAGCAUCUGUGGAUCUCUUACGGUAUCGGAAUCCUUCUCACAGCUCUGAUCGUCGUCCUUGCAUACUUCGCCGUUGCUUCGAAUGGCGCACCCUACAGCACCAAAUACUCGACAUUCCUUCGCACCACACCUUGGCAGGCGGCCGAAAAGUCUCUCGCCGGCGAAGCCCAUCUCGGAGACCUUGGUUCGGAUCCUGUACAUCUGGGCAAUGCCACGCCAAGCGGAGUCGAAAGCGAGAUACUUCUCGGCGAUGCUCAGAAGGCUGGAGCGACCCCGAUGGUGCCCACAGUGCCUCAAGAGCAACGCUGGCUAAUCGUACAUCCCAUUGAUUAUGUCCGCCACUACACGUUGCGCCAAAACUUGCGCAAAGGAGAUUCCAGACACUAUCCAAAGAGUAGCGCACUGAGAUACUUGCUGAAAAUGCUCUUUUCAUGCCUAGGAUCUAUGGGAGUCGUGGAUGCGAAUUAUCUGUUUGAAUGGGAUGUGGGGACUGAGGAUGGAGAUCGCGAGGAAACAACUAUGACUGUUGAUCAGAUCCUUCGUGAGGAGUGAGCGAGAUUGACGAAGUACCUAGAGGAUAAGGUAGAAAGCUUUCCGAGCAUGAAUUGGAAUUUCUCAUCGCG